AAGCGAUGAUGGAGAAAGUCAAAUUAAACUCUACUUGUAAUAUAAUCAUUUUAUCUCGCAUCUAGUUUUAGUCACACUUCUUACUCUUUUCAUUUGCGAUCUUACGGGAUUUGUGUAGUUGAGCCAAACUUUUUAAUACGUUUCUGCAGCACAUGCAAUUAAAGAUUAACUCCCAGAGAGGAAUUACAUAUCCACAACUUAAACAGGGACAUUCGAACCACUUCAAGGAUAGCAUAAUGAUAAGGUUAAUGUGAUUAAACCUAUCAUUGAUCAUAGAUAAUAUAGAUAUUUAGAAUUGGAGAAUCAUUUGAAAGUGCUCCUAAUUCAUGAUGCUGAAUCUGAGAUGGCAUCAGCUGCAAUGGAUGUGAAGGCAGGAUCUUGGAAUGAGCCCGAUGAAUAUCCUGGACUAGCUCAUUUUUGCGAACACAUGUUAUUCAUUGGAUCUGAGAAAUAUCCCUUGACUGGAUUCUUUGAUGAUUUAAUGGCAAAGGGUGGAGGUUCAUCAAAUGCUUACACUGAUGAUUAAAACACAAAUUAUUAUUUUGAAAUAACAGUGAAUCAUUUAGGUAAGGCAUUGGAUGCAUUUGCUCAUUUCUUUAUUGAUCCAUUAUUUAACGAAGAUGCUGUAAACAAGGAACGAAAUGCUGUUAAUUCAGAAUAUGAAAUAGAUGUAAGUAGUGAGGAAUGGAAAGUUGUCAAUCUCUUUGCACUUUUAGCAGAUCCCAACCACCCAGCAAGUAGGUUUAGCAUAGGUAACAAUGAAGUGUUGGCCAAAGAAGGGGUAGUGGAAGCACUGAAGAAGUUUUACUAGGACAAUUAUUCAUCUAAUAUAAUGAGUUUGGCUGUCUCAAGUAGAUUGUCAUUAAAUUAAAUGGAGAAGUUGAUUAAGGUUUUCUCAAAGAUAGAGAACAAAAAUCUGAUCCCUUAAUCAUUUAGUGGAUUUCCAUAUUAAUUUGGAUUGUUGGGGAAAUACAAAACUGAAAAGAAGUAGGUUUUGUUGAAUUGGUAAUUAAGUGGAAGACAAUAAAUUGCGCAUUAGAAACCUUUAGAAUUAAUAGACUACUUAUUGAAUAAUGGUAAUUUGAAAGACUAUUUAAAGGAGAAAUAAUUGGUUAUUGAAUUCGAAUCCUCUAUUUUCUUUGAAUAGGAGUAUUUUGUAAAUUACAUAAUUGAAUUAACAUUGCCUGAACAGUCAUUAGAAGAUGGUAAUGUUGCUCUUGAGAUUUCGAGAGUGAUAAAUAAUUAUAUUUAAUAAUUGGAAGAGUGGUUAAAGGAUGAGACAUAUUUGGAAGAAAUAUUUAAAGAGCAAAGUUAGAUUUCUAAAAUCAAUUUCGAAUAUAUGUAAGGUCCUUAAGAAAUAUCUAAUAUUGCCUAAAAUUUGAAUAGACAUGGGCCUGCUGAAGUGCUCUCGUCUGGUUUCAUCAUGGAUGUAUUCGAUAGGGAUCUUAUAUUCAAAUACAUUUCUGAGUUGAAGAGAACAGAUAAUUUAUUGAUUUUAAUUGGUGAUGACGAAUAUUAGUUAACAGGUGACAGUUUGAAAUAAAAUAAUUAAGAAUUCUUAAAAGACAAGAGAUUAGACAAAAGGAGUGAGAUCUAUCGUUUAGAAUAUGCAACUCAGAAGAUGACUCAAGAUUCCAUUCAGUUCAUAACACAAAAGGAUAUCAAAUUAUAACAACUAUUCACAAAACCACAAGAGAACCUAUUCAUUCCAGAUGACUUAAAAUUAGUAUCAUUAUGUGAAUCAAAUAAAUUGAAACUACCUCUUUUGGUUAGUUCUGAUCAAUUGAAACCUUUGGAUAAGGAGGGAAAGUUGAACUUAUUACUUCAUGCAGGACAAGAUUUGCAAGAAUACCCUGAAGAUCAAUGCAAGAAGGAGGAACAUAGAUAUCAAAAGGACAAUUAUUAUCCUAUUUUGUUAAAUAAAGAGAAUAAUUAAUGGUGGAAGUUUUCCACUUUAUUUAAGAUGCCUACAGUCUAUGGAGCUAUAGCCAUAUAAUUCGCUAAACCAUUAACGAUAAGCCAAUAUACAUCUGUUAGAAUUUAUAAUUUUAUUUCAGACGAAGAAAUCAACAAUUAACUCAGGUAGCCCUUGGCAACUGGAUACACAGUAGAAUUGGCGAUGGGUAAGUACAUAGAACUUAAAGCGUAUGGAUUUAGUGAAAAGGUUAGAAGUUUCUUGAAGAAAAUUUGUGGAUGUAUUAAUCCAUUCAAAGAUAAAUCUUCGACUUUAAUUGAACUUGAUGGAACUUAAUAGGAAUCUCCAAAUUUCAUUAGGGCCAAGUAAUCACUUAUUACUUCAAUAAGGGAUAUAUUUUAAAUGAAAUUAUUUGAAUAAUCCGUUUAAUUAUACUUGCCUUCAAUUUUAAGAAAGGGUAGUUUUAAUCCAGAAUAAGUCUUAUAAUAAAUUCCAAAAAUUACUGAGGAAUAAAUGAUUUCAGAUAUUAAGGAAGUACUCUAAAACUCUAUGUAAAGUUCGCUUCUGAUUGGUAAUCUGGAUCAAAAGAAUGCUUAGGAUUUUUCUUCUGAGUUGUAAAAUUGUAUAUAAGAUCGAAAUUCAAAAGUUGAAUAAUCAUAAACAAAAACACCUAUUUCAGUUUUGAGUUUGAGAGGUAAAAAUUGGGUAUUUGUCAAACGUGUGGAAUCAGACAAAGGUGAGUUGAAUGGGGCAAUAUUAAAUUAUUAUUAAAUAGGGAAGAGAACUUAAGAAAAUUAUGCCUUAAUGAAGAUACUUUAGCCUCUGCUUAACUCAUAAGCAUAUAAUCAUCUAAGAACUGAUUUAUAGCUUGGAUAUGUUGUUUUGAUGAAAUUCAAAUAAAUUAGUUGCAUAGAUGGUGCUCUAUUUUUGGUGUAAGGCAAUAAAGAAUUGCCGAUGAAGGUUAAUUAGUUAAUAGAAAAAUUCAUAUUGAAAUUCGAUGUGUACUUGAAAAGAUUGAAGAAAAAGCAAUUUGAACAUUUAAGACAUAGUGCGAUUAUUGAAUUAAGAGAAAAACCGCAAACUUUAAGUGAAGAAGCUGAUAGGUUGUGGGGAUACAUUAGUUCAGGAGACUACUCAUUUGAGGAGAGGGAAGUCACAAUCGAGAGAAUGAAAUCAAUUACAAAGGAAUAAGUAAUAGAAUUCUAUGAAAAUAUCUUCAUUCAUAAUAGGUCUAAGAUAAGUCUACAAUUAUACGGGUAUUUAUCUAUUAUAAUAUUAUACUUAGAGAAGGGAUGGUUUCAUAAACAUUAGGUUUGAAGAACAACUAGGAGUUUGAUGCUUAUAUAUAGGCUAAUAUUCCAAAGGGCGCGUCACUUUUUGAUAAUAAAGAAUUGUCAUACUUGGAAUGUUAAAACGAUGUCAGUUCUGUUUGA